AGCUGUCGUUCCUCCAGUUGCUCACAUUCCGUCCGCCAGCAGGCGUCGCAGUUACACAGGCUCAACUUCCCACAAACUCACAUGGACCAGACUACGAAUGGACAAGCAUCUUCAUCAUCAGCACCUAUUGCUCAGGCUGCAAGUCCUCCGCGUCCAUCGGAACGUUGGGAGACAGCAUUCGUCUACGCGUUUAUUUGCAGAUUCACUUCCGUCAAGAAGAAAGUAGAAGGAUUUGAGACUAUCAUGGAUUUUGAACAAGCGCUAAUGUUCAGCGGCCGUGACCCUAUUAUCGAAGCCAUACUGGUAGACUUCAUAACCAAUCUCAAGCCGAAUUUAAGGUCGCCAAAAGCGAAGUUGGAUAAAUUAGUGGCGUCCGUGGUGGAGGAAUUUUGCCGUAGCCCUACAGAGCGAAGCAUCUGGUGGGACUAUUCUAGGGGUCGGAAUGUAGAUCCUUUGGCGGGAACCGAAGGGUUCUUCUCUCUAACUUGGGACACUAGACUUACUAUUCUUCGACAACUCGUGGAAUGGCAAUUGACUCACUGUGUCGCCAUUCGAGGAAUAAUUGAUACCGCAUGGGGUGUCAAGGCAGCUAAGCAUACCAAAAAGACCGAUAAGCAAGCCGUUGCGCCCCCUCCACCAGAUAAUCCCAAUAGUUACGAAAAUCUACGCAUGAUUCCAAUCGGACAAGACUCGGCACGGAAACGAUACUGGAUUGUUGAUGAUUCACCUCGUAUAUACAUGUCAAAGAAUCCUUGGAAAUCCCUCUGCCCGUUCAAAGCUAUUUCGAGCACCCGAGAGGAGUACAUCGCUACCAUCGAAACCCUCAAAGCCACUUCCCCGAAGGUUCCGGAGUCCGAAAAUGGAGCCAAAGUCAAAUUACGAAAUAAAUUUGAACAAGGUCAUUUAGAUCUUAUCGCGUUCCUUGAGGCAAACCUGCCAAAGGUCGAUGCUGAGCUCGCUCGGGUCGAGAAAGCCCGAAAACGCCUUGAGCAGAAGGCAAUAGUGGCAGCACAAUCUGAAAUACGGGCGACUAGAACACGACGGCAAACUCGACGCCCCGACUACGUCUACGAUUAUGAGGAAGAAGAGGUUAGGGAGGAUGAGGAGUAUGCGCACCCAGAUGAUAAAGAUGACUUCAUCGAUGAUGGGGACUCCGAGGAUGACAACGAUAACCCGUCGAGGACCCGCACAUACCGUUCCUCCCGCCAUUCGUUCUCCGUUGAGCCUCGCAGAAGCACGCGGGCAGCGACAGUAAAUAGCCGCAAGCGCUCGACCGCGGAUAAUCCACUUUUGGACCCUGAGACAGGCGUUGAAUGGCGUGGCGAACGGAGAAGUACACGGCUAGGCAAUGCGCCAAAAAUCGCAUUCGAUGAAGAGGAUCAGGCGCUUUUGCCCCCACCUGCAAAGCGCGCCCGAUCGUCAGCGCCGUCAGAAACUCCGCAGCCACCCGCUCCCAAGCCUGCCCCUAUCGUUAUCGCGGCCCCAGCAGGAAAAAAGAAGAGCAAGUUCUGGUAUUAUACUGUGGAAACAGCCAACGGCGGAGUCCCGCGUGAUGCUGUGGAAACGGAGUCGAAAGCCUCCGAACUUACCGCAACCAACGAGACGGCAAGCACGAGGGGGGAUUCAUCAUCUUCACUAUCCUCUCUUUCAUCUUCCUUGGGCUCAUCAACGGAACACGAGGCGACGAACCCUGUUAUUGGGAUCAAUGGCCGCGAGGCACGAUUAAAUGGGAAAGCUGGCAACAUCGAUGACAUCCAACCGGCAGCUCCGGCUGACAAACCUCCCACAAAUGCAUGUGCUCUAAAAGAGAACAUCAACGGUCAUGCGGACGCUGAUCUCCACGAGACAGUUUGUAUCCCCGCACCGAACCCGGAAAAAGGGAUCCUGAACAACCCUGAUGCUGGGAGUGACAUGAGCUUCAGUGAUGACGAGUGAAGGAAUUUUUGCUUUUGUGUUACGACAAAACUGCCCAUGCGCAACCCCCCCCCCUCCAAUGCGGGCGCUUUACGACCUGAUCAGUUGCAUUGUAGUUACAAUUUAGGAUUUUUACCUUAUUCUCCCCAGGCAAGCUUUUGGGGAUUUUGGCGACACCUGUACUGUACAUGAUUUGUCGAUUCGUUUAAGUUAGCAUGAUGUUCACGGAGGCUGUUUGGGG